AAAUCACUACAUUGCAGAAGUAAAUUAGUUGGUUAAUUCAGUUUAACCCAAUUGACUUUCCAAAUUUAACCUGAAAUAUCAACAUUUCCAUGAAAUUUCAAUCUUUUCUUUAUAAAAAGAUAGGCAGUGCUGCAGUGCUUCAGUGCUUGGUAUUCACAACUUCUUAUUUCUCUCUUUCUCUCUCCUUAAAAACUCUCUUUUUUAUUUAAUUGGUAAUUCCAAUUUUGGGUACAAGAAAUUCAAUGGAUUCUAGAAGAUUCAUUGGUGAUCAACAACCCAAUGAACAUUCCAAGCCUCCUGAGGAAUGUUGUUGUAAAGGUGUUACUAAUUUAGGGGAAGUGAAAUGGAUGCAAGAUUUAAUGGCCCACCUUAAGCCUACAAUUGGGGAAGAGGUUGAAAAGGCUGUGAAUCGAGUUCUCGGACCGCUUCUGCCCUUAUUACAACAUUGUGUCCUGCCUCCUAAUUCAAGCAUGUUGCCUCAACAGGCUAAGCCAUCUGCAUCAAGGUGCUUGAAAUUGCAGUUUAAGGGUGAUUUACCUGCUACACUCUUUACCAUGACUAAAAUAGAAGAUCAGGACGUUAUGCUUGAAGUGGAGUUGCUUGAUGAGUCUGACAACAGAGUAGAUUUUGGCCCUGAAUCUUCUCUGAAGAUUAAGAUUGAUGUUCUUGAUGGUAACUUUGAUGUCGAAGGUAGAAAUGAUUUAACAGAGGAGGAAUACACUAAAAAUAUCACUCCUCCAAGGAAGAACAAAGGAUCAUUGCUGAAGGGAAAUUGCGAGAUUAAAAUGAGCAGAGGGGCUGCUAGUGUCAGUCAUAUUGCUUUCACUGAUAACUCAAAAUCAACGAGAAGUGAAAAAUAUAGACUAGGAGCUAAAAUUGUUAAAGGGCUUCCCCCUGGAGUGGUAGUAAUGGCAGCAGUAAGCGAAGCAAUUAGGGUUAAAGAACACCGCCUAAAAAGUGCUAAAUUAAGGAAUGCAAAACAAAGCGAGCUUCCAAAAUUAAUAACCCCUACCCACCAGAACUCUGAUCAAGAGCUCACAAACCUAUCAAUUAUUCAAGAACUACCACAACCGCUGCUGCCACCACCAAGUUGGACUUUUAGUGUAAGUGGAUUCAGGCAUAGUAUAAAUGCAAGCAGCCUUUCAAUCAGCAGUAUUCCACCCACAAAUGAUUAUCAUGAUGCUGCAGCAGCAAAUCAAGCCUGUCAAGGGUAUGAGCAAACAAUAGCACAAGGCGGGUAUUUCCAAAAUCAUGGUUCUACGGUUAGUUUAUUACUAAAUGAAGAUGACGAGAAACUGGAAGCAUUAUUACAAACUCAAGAAUAUAUGGAUAUGUUGAGAAUAUUAAUGGAAGAGACUCCAGUCACCACUCCACUGCAAGAGGAAAGGAGCAAUGUUACCAGGAAGCUAAUAUCCGUAUUUUAUAUGACCAAAGCUGCUACUAUGUUCAUGAUUUCAGUUCAGCAAAAUGCAAGUGCCCCUAAAAAGAAGCGAAAGCUUCAAUGAAACCAUUUUUUUUCAGGUUUGUUGCACAUUACCUCAGUAUCUCAGUAGCUUAAUAUCUUUUUUCUCCUGGCUCAUGUGUUUUCUGUUUCGAACUCAAAACUUGUGUUAAGAAUCUACACGCUUAGCUAUAUAAAGCUCCAAUGAGUUGGGCGACAUGUUGUAUAAUGGACUUCGCUGGUGUUCAGUCUUAUUGGAUAAAUUUUAUUGUUUUCA